AUGGCCGGCAGAGCAGCCGCCAUUUUCGACGCCUCGCUCCCGUACUCGCCUCUCUCAACACCGCCGGCAAAAACAGCCCUGCUACUGCUCGAUUACCAGAAUCUGAUGCUUGGCUUCGUCUCCGACGCCGCACAGCGGGCCCAGAUCCUGGAAAACGCCGCCGCAGCACGCACCUGGGCCAAGUCGCGCGGCUUCAUGGUGUACCACUGCCUGGUUGACAUGAGCCAAUCUCCGGUCUCUUGGGCGAAGCUGAACGCGCGCUGGCCCAUGUUCCAGCAAAUGAUCCAGCAGAACCCGCAGGCCGCGGACAUUGUGGCGGAGCUGAAGCCAGAUCCCCAUGCUGCCGGAGAGAGCGUAACUCGUAGACAACUAGGGCUUCUCUCAGCUUUGUCCUCACCAGAGCUGAUGCACGAUCUUGAGCAGAAAGGAAUCCAGAGCGUGAUCUGUUGCGGGAUCAGCACCAGUGCGGUAGUACUGAGCACGGCGAGGACGGCGAAUGAGCUUGGCCUUCCAGUUACAGUGAUCGAGGAUGCGUGUUUCGAUCCAGGCGAGGGCGUGCAUGAGAUGAUAGUGAGAGAGGUCCUGACGACGAGCGCGCAUGUGGCGAGAUGGGAGGAAGUUGAGCGAGCAUGGGAAGGAGCAUUGGGUGAGAAGACGGGAUAG